AGAGAAAGGGAUAAAAGAGGAAGAGUAAGAAGGAAAGGGUGAAAGGAGGACCGUAGAGAAAGAGGGAGAAAGAGAGACGAAAAGAGAAGAAUAACGGAAGGAGUAAAAUACGAGAGAGACUAAAUGAUACUUAAAACACGCUUAGGAAAUAAGGAUUACUAUUUAAGAAAAAAGUCCUUUUAGCAUACAAAAUUAACACUUAUAUACCAGCUAAUAUGCAUAAUCGCAUGUACCAUUAGUUAACGAGGUAACCUGGAUGAGUUGGGCGAAUGCUAACACCUGAGUCCUCACAAAAAAAAAAAAAAAAAAAAAAAAACAUUCGACAAACUGAGACUCCACUGUCCAAGCUCGGAGUGGCCGCAGACGGAGGGGGGAAACCUGCGGUCGGCGGCGACGGAGGCAAUGAAGUUUUUGGACAUGAGAUCGUGCUGGCUGGUGCUUGUGCUUCUGUGCGUGGCCGUAAUUAUGUUCCUCCAUCUUCAUCUGACGAAGAAAUCAUCGCUCUGGAGAAAGGCCCUCCGUCACCCGAACCAACCCAGCCCAAACUCUACGGACACAACCCAAAGAAUGGCAAAUACUGACAAAGACAUCACUACCGAAGAAACCAGACGCACCGCAAAACCCGAAGGAAACAACGAAAUCCACGAAGACCACGAAAACUACAUGAAGUUGUUCAACAGACGUCUUGAACACCUGAAGGAGAAGUGCCAAGCGCUGCCUCCCUCUCCCAACACGUCGCAAUUGGCGUCCUUCGAAAGAGUUGUCGCGCCAACCGUGUUCAGAGCAUGUGUUCCGAAUAAGGUAGGGUCAAGUUCAUGGAAAAUUUUUAAGAAGAACUUUGUCAUGGCAGGCGGAAGACGGAAAUCUCCAGUGAACAUAAUUGUUGUAAGGAACCCGUUGUCCCGCCUUGAGUCUGCAUACAGGGACAAAUUCCUCGGCGGCGGCGAGAUCUCCUCGUACACGGACAGCUGGCGAAAAGCCACACAUAGCAAGGACAUGUGGCUCGACCGAUGGGACAAGUACUGGUUCCCGGCUCUCGUUGCGCGCGGCUCCAUCCCUCCAACACCCUGGUUCACGGAGAGGUUAGCGAUGAUGAAGGAUGUCAAAGAUUCUUCUCGAUUCACCCUAACCAGCGAGGAUAUGAAACAGCUCGUCACUCAAGAGUACGGGCAGAGGAUGAGUCAGUUGACGGGGACUUUCUCUAAUACCAGGUUCAAGUUUGAGGAUUUCCUGAAGUUCGUGUUGUGGUCUUACGAUCUGGGUAUUAUGGACUACCCCUGGGCGCCUAUUGCAUUAGUGUGUGAUCCCUGUAAACAAUCUUACGAUUAUAUAAUACACAUGGAGAGCAUGAAUGAGGAGGUACCUCACUUGCUUAACCUCUUAGGGUCUUCUGGUGCAUAUGAAAUGCCGCACAGGCAAAGUACCAGGGACUUGUUCUAUGUACCGAAGUAUGGGUACUACAAGUAUACCUCUAACGAAACUAUGCAGAGAAUUUUUAAUGUUUAUAGAUAUGAUUUUGAACUCUUUGGAUAUGAGCGUUCGUUUUGAUGCUCUCGUCUGGGACAGCCUCUGAAUCUAUCUGUCUAUCUACUUCUUUCUGUAUUUAUCUGUGU